AUGUGGAUGUUGGAUGUGGUUGUGGAUGUGGAUGUAGACGCGAGUCGCCCAAAGGUUAGACCCUUCGAUGAUCAGGACAUCACAAACCAUUGGAUCUCAGCUUCGAUCAGAAUCUCAAAUCCAAUCAACUUCGAUUCCAGAAUGAAGGUCUUUGUCUGCUUGUUGGCUUCCCUGGCUCUGGCCAGUGCCGGUGGCUUCCGCGGUGGUGCCGGCGGUGGCUAUCUGCCCGGCGGAGGACGCGGCGGCGGCGGCUUCGGUGGUCGUCCGGCCAUUGGAGCGGGUCUGGUGUCCCACGUCUCCCAGUCGCAGGGCAACACUAAGGUCCACAUCGGCGGUGGUGCCGCUAGCGGCGGUGGAGCCUACGGCGGUGGUGCUGCCGCCUAUGGCGGUGGAGCAGGAGCUUCCUACGGCGGUGGUGCAGCCUCCUAUGGCGGCGGAGCUGGAGGAGCUGCCUAUGGCGGUGGACGCGGUGCUGGAGGCUGGCAAGGAGCUGGAGCCGGACGCGGUGGUGGUGCCGGAGGAGCUGGAGGCUGGCAGGGUGGUGCCGGAGGAGCUGGUGGAGCUGGAGGCAACGCCUGGGGCAAUCCCGCCCAGUUCGAUUACACCGUGAACCACGCUUCCGGCGGCGGUGGUGGAGCAGGAGGUGCCUAUGGAGCUGGUGGUGCCGGUGGAGCUGCCUAUGGUGCUGCUGGUGGAGCAGGAGCUGGCUACGGUGGUGGCUCCCGCGGCGGUGCUGGCUGGUGGAACGAUUAA